AUGGCCACUUCCUUCCACCUCUUCCCCCAUCUCCCGUGGGAAAUUCGGUCCCGGAUAUGGGAACUAACUAUCGAGCCUCGCACGGUUGACGUCCGUAUCUCCCACGAGUGGGAGGACGUUAGCAACGAUGUCAAAGCCAAAUACAACCAUUCAAGGCUCGGUCCCCUUCGUUCGCGGUCAUCCACCCCCGUGCCUGCACCUUUACAAGCCUGUCGAGAGGCCCGGAGCCACCUCAGCUCCGUGACCAAGGGAAGAUACCGAUUCUAUCAAAAGGCCUUCAGUCACCCACCCGCUGCGGAAUCGCGUUACAUCUGGGUCAAUUUCGAUGUGGACGUGGUCGACACCGGGGACACUCCUUUCCUAUACUUUGCAUCCCAUUUUGGGACUUCAAGCGAUGGAAAUCCGCGCGGGACAGAGUCUCGGGGAGGGGUGAUACCCCCAUGA